ACAUUCGAGAGACAUCUUUACAGAACUGAGCACUUCCUGCUGCUUUAUAUAAAGUAGUGUUGAGAACAUCAGGACCUGCAGAGCAAACAGCAUCUGACCUCAGCUUUCCAUCAGUGAGUCAGCAGUCAGCAUGUCAGAGAGGAUGUUCAUCUCCCAGAGAGGCUGAAACGAACUAAACUUUUAUGUGGUUUUAACCUCAUGUCCAGCCCUGUGCUUCACCAGCAGCAAGAAGCAACAAUGAGGCUACUAAGCAUGAAGACGUCUCUGGCUCUACUGUGGGGGAUUUCUGUUUUGCUUUCAAUGGAGUCCAUGAGUGCUUCGAUCCCAGGGACCAGAAACAGUACAUCAACCCCUGAACCGGAGGAGACAACCAAGGAGAUGAUCAGUGCACCUCACACUGACACUCACACACCUGCGGAGGUUAGUGUUGCUGCACCAGCAGAGACCACUGCGUCACCCAGAGUGGCAGAGGCAAACAUCACUCACAGAAGUGACAGCACAAACAGCGCCUCUGGUUUGGUUGCCAUGAACACUGUGGCAGCAGUGACAAGCAGCUCAGGUCCACCAUUGCCUCAUACCACUGCAGCAGUGACCACAGCUGCAGGUGCAACACAUCCUUCCCACAACACGACAAUCAUAGAGACAGCGAUCCCUACAGUGAAUCAGAUACAUCAGCAAUCACCCACCACUGUUCCUGCAACAGCUCCUGUAGCAGCUUCAGCAACAGUGGCCGUGUCUUCGCCGCAGCACACACCCACCACUGAGCCUGAAGUCACAUCCAAGUUAGCUUCCCCCACCUCUCCUGCUAAUUCUACUCUGGCUCCAGUCUUCAUCCAGACCCUCAGCGAUCCCUCAGCCUCUACUACAACCAUAAUGACCCCUAACCCCACCUCUGAGACAGCGCUAGUGUUCGACUCCACAAAAAGUGAGACAUCCACUAACAGUACCGACCUUUUGACUACACGGCACGUUUCUGUGACGAGAACCCCCAUCUCCACAUCAGCUGGUUCAGCAGAGUCAAGCUCUACCACUCAGUCUCACCCCACCUCAUUCUCACCGAACUCCACCAGCAGUGCUUCUACCCCCACUGUUUCCACCACCAAUGUUUCCAGCACCAGUGUCUUCCCCACUAAUGACUCAAACCCCAAUGUCACCGCCACUGAUGUCUUCACCACCGAUGACUCAAACGCCACUGUCUCCACCACUGAUGUUCCCACCACCAAUGCCUCCACCAGUCCUGCAGGAAUCUUGAUCCCUCAUGUGACCAAGAGGUUGCCAGUCCCAACCACCAAACCAGCUCCGGCAACCACAGCAGCACCUCGUGAAGUCUCAAAGAGCACCGAGGCCCAACCCUGCUCCCCCCGAGGCUUAGUGAAGAAAUGCCUCAUCGCCGUUUCCUCCCUGGCUGCGCUGGCCACCAUCUUCAUGGUGACUACCAUCAUCCUCUGCACUAAGCUGUCAGCAAGGAAGUACAAGGUCAGGAAACCUCAGCCGGCCACGGAGAUGAUGUGCAUCUCGGCCCUGCUGCCCGAGAGGACUCACACCUACACGAGACAACACAAUCCAGUCAGUAACGGAGUCCUGGUGAUCCACGGUGGUGCAGACAGUGACGAGGACAUAGGAGAUAACCUCACCCUCAGCAGCUUUCUUCCAGAGAAUGACCGCUUUGUUUAAACGGAAAUAUGAUUAUUGUCAUCAUCAGACCUCUGAUAAGACUGAUUUGUCUGAUGUCAGUGACGCAGAAAGAGUUGCUGUUUGGAUACACUCAUGCUUCCCCUUUGAUGUUGGUGGUUAGGCAUCGCUGCACGCCCUAUUCCUCUGGAGGAAGAGAUACAAAACCAACAAACACACACAGAAAAGUUGUUACGUUUUCAUGUUCAGGUACCAUUAACCCCAUGGGGCGUUCUGUGACGUCAGGCCAUCAAGUGCGUAUUUACAGGCAAGACUUAAGACUUUUUGCAUAAUUUCACACUCACCCUCCACUAGAAACUUUAAGUUAGGAUGAGGAGAGAGAUCAAAGAUUUUUUUUUUUAACAUCCUGAACUGAGCACCGAUGGUAUUUCACUUAGCGACGGGAGACAGGAAGGCUUGUUUUGUCAGGGGAUUACUGUUCUUCACAGACACUGUUCAGUUCACAGAUGCUAUUCUGGCUGCAUUGAGGCUUCAUUGUGUGAACGCUGUAAUAUGAUUAAUGGUAAACGGUAUGUGGCUCUGUUUAUGUGCACGUAGAGAUGCAGCUUCUGUAUUGUGAUAAUUUAUUUAACUAAUGUCCUUUUUAACGGCUUGGUAAUGCUUUAUUUUACAGGUCUGGUAUUGCAAUUAUGCGCAAGAACUAUGUAAUUUGGUACAACGUUUCAGCGAAAUAGAGACAAAGUACAGCAAAUAUUAGUUUAGUUAGUUGUGUAUAUCCUUGAAAAUACCACUCAUUUUAAAGCCAAGAAGAUUUAUUCAAAAAAGAGUAGCUUAACAUUUAAUAAGAACUGAUUACUGAUAGUUUACCGGUUGAACACAUUCUGUAUUUUUGCCCAUAAUUACUGCCGCCACCUUCAAGACUUCAGACCUGUAAAAUGAGGGGUUAUCAAAGAUUUGGCUGUAGAUAAAGUUUGUGCUGAAAAUGUUCUACAUAAGAGCUGAAGUGAAAAACAAAGACGAGAGGAACAAAAAAGUGAAACCAUAUAUCGCAAAAUGGCUCUGGGUUUUUUUCUAGGUGAAAAAAGGUGUUCCAUUAUGUGCCUCUGAAUUGUAAACAGUCAUAAUAAAACUGAGCACUCUGUGGACUAAGUCA